AUGAUUGAGUCCUUUAACGAAGAAAAGGGAUUACUAGGCAUAUUUGUAAUUGAUAAUGCAACUAUUAAAGUGGUUCAAAUUGAUAUUACUACUCUAUCAGUGGAUGUUAUUGUUAAUGCUGCUAAUGAACGACUACAACAUCUUGGAGGAGUUGCUGGUGCUAUCAAUGACAAAGGAGGGGCUUCCAUCCAACGGGAAUGUAAUGAAUAUGUUUAUGAAAAUGGAUCUGUUCUUGAGGGGGAUUGUAUGAUGAGUAAUUCAGGAAAUCUUCCUUGUAUGAAAAUAGUCCAUGCUGUAGGCCCAAGGUGGAAGUUUGGAAAAUCUAAGGAAGAUAAAAAACUAGCAGAAGUCAUUUUAAGAAUAUUAGAAAUGGUGAUGUCACAAGGAUUCAAAUCAGUUGCUAUACCUGCUAUUAGUACUGGUAUAUUUGGCUAUCCUCUUCAUGCUGCAACAGAUAUCAUUGUGCAAUCUAUUGCAAAUCAUUUUAAGAAAGUAAAGAGAUCAUCCAUAACAACCAUUUAUUUGAUUGACAUCAACGACAAAUCUCUCCAUAGUUUUAUACGCAGUCUUCAAUCUUCGGUUGAUUUUAAACAAGCUGAAUUUGAUGAUCAACCAAGAUAUGGCACACAACCAAGAUUUCAAAGCCAGAUAUCAGAAACUGAAUAUGAAGGUAAGCCUUAUCAUAACAUAUUAAUUAAUUUUACUUAG